UGAUAUUACUAUGUAUGAAGUGUGUAGUUGAAACAUUCACUUAUGAUGAUAAUUAUUUUUUAAAAUUAAUUAAAUUACUUGUAUUAUAGGAAUUACUUCUAAAGGUAAUGUUCUUGGUUAAUUGAUGAAUUCAUCAUUAACACUUUUUAUAUUAUUAUUUCAUUGAAGUUAAUUUAUAGAAGAUUGUUUUUAUAAUUUAGCUCUUAAUUUUUCAGGUUAAGACCAAAUGGCAAAGAAGAUGGCAUCUCAAGGUGACACAUCAAUCAAAGACAAUUUAAGAUGGACUGAGGAAAUGGAUGUAGCUUUUCUUGAUGCUUUGAUUGAGGAAUGUAGCAAAGGAAAUAGAGUUGAGGGCACUUUUACAACAACUGCAUAUGACAACGUUCUUGCAACUCUAAAAGCUUCAUUCGGGAACCAUCUUCGUAAAGAUAAUCUUAAGAAUAGACUGAAGACUUUGAAGGAUCACUUUGGAGUUUGUUACGAUCUCUUUCAUAACUUAAGUGGAUUUUCAUGGAACCCAGAAACCAAACUCUUUACCGCUGAAUCUGAAGUUUGGGCGGAUUUAAUUAAGGCAAGACCAGAUGCAAAAAAGUGGAUGCGAACUCCCAUCAAACAUUAUGAUAAAUUGUAUUUUAUAUACGGUCAAGACAGAGCUACUGGAAAUAUUGCUGGAAGUGCCAAAGAAAGAAAUAAAAGUAUGGCCAAGAUGAAGGAAACAAUUAAUUUGAACGAAGAUGAAUACCAGGGGUUUGACUGUGAGUGGAAUGAUUGGCAACCUACUACUCAUUCAACUAGCUUUGUUGCAGAGAAGAGUCCUGAUUUAGGUAACUCAAACCAAUCUAAUGGAACACAAGGAAAUCAUAGAGGUUCUAAGCGUAAAGCACCAAUGAGUGGUUUAUUUGAAGCUGAUAUGGAACGAAUGAGUAAAGGUAUUCAAGGAUUGACAGAUAUGUUGAAGGAUGGGAAUAAUUACUAUGAUAAAUCACUUGACAUUGCUUCGAAGCAAGUGUUAACAGCUGAAAGGCAAGCUGAAACAGCUGAGAAACAAGUUAUGCUAGCAGAAAGACAAGUUUUGAUAGCUGAAGAACAAAUUCAAGUUGCCAAGAUCCAAGCUCAAGCUGUUGAGAGAGGAAUUACAUUCCUAGAACAAAGUAGAGCUCGAAUUUACUCUGAAAAUGAUGUGUAUAACGAGUUAAAGAAAUUGGGUGUUGUCAAGAGAUCUUUUGGAGUUGCUACCGUUUUCUCUGUAGAGAUGAAAGAGCAAAACGAGAAUUUUUUGGUGUUCCCUUUGAAGAUCGCCACGGUGCAUUAUAUGACUUAAUGAAGGAAGCUGGUGCAAUUUAAGAGGAACUCAAUCAGUAAUGGUAACAUAUAUUUUGUGCAUGUUUAUGAUUUUAGGAUCUAAUGUUGUAUAAUCUUAGUAGA